AUGCCAAUACAAUUGUCAGAUUUUCAGAAGAUCGGUCUCGGUCUGUCAAUAUUUGGUGUUGGUUUUAUUUUUCUUGGUAUGAUCUUUUUAUUUGAUAAAGGAUUACUUGCAGUUGGGAAUAUUUUAUUCCUUGCUGGCUUAAGUAUGAUUAUUGGAUUUGAACGUACAUUUCGUUUUUUCUUUCAACGUACAAAAAUAAAGGCUACUUUUCUUUUUUUUGGUGGUAUUGCAAUUGUUUUAUUUGGUUGGCCAUUGAUUGGAAUGAUUUUUGAAUUAUAUGGAUUUUUUCUUCUAUUUGGUGGUUUCAUUCCAAUUGCGAUUAAUUUUCUUCGACGUUUGCCAAUUAUUGGUUCAAUUUUAUUGUUACCUGGCAUUCGACAAGUUGUCGAUAGUUCAUUCUAUCGUUAUCGAUAUGAUUUACUAUUUCGACAAAAUGUCAAUAGUUCAUCAAAACGAACACACUCUACUUCAACACCACCACCAUCAAAUAAUAAUAGUAAUCAAUCAGUUCCAUUAGAUAAAAAUGCAUCUACAAUAACAACAGUAUUAAAAGUUCGUCCAUGUAAUACAAAUGUGCAUGAUGUUCCUGAAAGUUAUACAGAUAAUAAACUUAUUACAGCUGUACGAGCUAUGCAUGAAUAUUUAUUAAGUCCAUCAGCUUUAGAAACACUUCAACAAUAUAAAACACGUUCACCUUAUACAGAUGUUGCUGAUAUCUCACGUAUGCUUACAGUUUAUCGACGAGGUGAUGUCGAAAAACGAGCUUAUGAAGUGUGGGGUAGUCCAGAAAAUUUAAAGAAAGAAAAAAUUAAACGAGCUAAAGCUUUACAAAAUGAAGAUGAAGGUAUGUAUUUAAAAAAAAUAACAAUAAUUAAAGCAUACCAAAAGUAG